GUAAUCUAAGAUAAAUGCUAUAAAUAUAUAUCCGUUGGUUACUUUUACUGAAUUAGUUUUGACAAAAUGGCCGCGCUUGUGAAGUGUUUAAUUGUCCUGUGCGCUGCUGUUGCAGCCUCUGGAUAUGGCCUGGGUGAGAUGGAUGUUAUAUUCCACAUGUUCCACAGAGGGAGCCCGUCUGUGAGCGAGCCUCUGCUGCCCACUGCGAACUCCGUCAUGCAGUCCUCAUUCUCUCCCUUCCGCCCCACUGUAAUAACUAUCCAUAACAGUGGCGAUGCCGCUACAGGAAACUUCAAUGCCUAUGUUGUCUCUGCACACUUAGUGGCUCAAGAUGUCAACUUGAUCGCUGUCGACUGGAGUGCCGGCUCUGGCAUGUACUCACAGGGUCUCGCUAACGCUGUGCAGUGCGGAGAGCGCAUCGCAUCCUUCAUCAACCUGUUAAUCAACAUCGCCGCCUACGGUCCAGAAAACUAUCGUAUUGUGGGUAUUGGUCUCGGUGCACAUAUUGCCGGUAUUGCCGCUUCGUUCGUCAGUACCGGUAACAUUGGUCAUAUUGUUGCUAUCGAUCCUUCCUUGGUUGGCUGGACUCACCACCCUCACAAAUUGAGCGCCGACAAAGCUUUAGUAACAGAGGUUCUCCACGUUACCGCUGGUAGCCUCGGCUACGACUACCCCUUGGGAAAAAUUGACUUUUACCCCAACGGUGGUGCCAAUCAACCUAAUUGCGCUACUGAUGUCAGUUGCUCCCAAAAUAUGGGUUACGUCUUCUAUGCUGAGUCUCUAGCCGCGGGUGGUAGCCAAUUUGUUGCUACAGCUUGUGACAGUUACGAGGAAGCCGUUGGUCAAACAUGCUCAGGGGAUAAGGGAGUAGUCUUCGGUGGUCUCGCAGAUAAGUCCGGUGUAUCCGGUAUCUAUACGUUCCAGACUAACCGCGAGCCUCCAUUUGCUCAGGGCUAAAGAUUUAUUUAUUCCGAGUUUUACCUGACAACUAAAUCAAUAAAGUAUCUAAGCCUCC